AUGCAACGGAACGUUUCUAAUAUCAAGUACAUCGAACCCAGUGUGUUACAUCAAUGGAUAACGCAGAAUGGACAGAAAACGCAACUAGGUCAAAAGUUUCAAGUGAUAGAUGCUCGUGGAUCCGACUACAUUGGAGGUCACAUCAAAGGUUGCUGGAAUUACCCUUAUAGCAAGUUGAAACAUUACGAAGAAGGUGAAGCUCUAAUGGAUGAAAUGUUCCACAAGCUAGAAACCUCCAGAAGGGACGUCACCGUAGAGACUGAUAACAAUAUAAUGAAUGUUGUGUUCCAUUGUGCACAAUCACAACAAAGAGGACCUGCUGCGGCGAUGAAGUUCCUGCGCUACCUUCCGGAUGACAAGCUGUCUGUAUAUAACAUUUUGAUCCUAAGAGGUGGUUUCAACCUGUGGCAAGACCUCUAUGGAACAGAUACCAAUGUUACUGCCGAUUACGAGCCUGAUCUAUGGUCCUGGUAA